CGAUUCGGUGCUGAACAGAAGAAAAUGUUUCCUGAAGGAUGCUCUUGCGAUGAACCAAUCCACGGGCUACCGCUCGUCGGUAAACGCGCGCCCGUUUUCAAGGAAACGGCCCUACUGAACGGCUCCUUCAAGGAAAUCUCCCUGGACGACUACAAGGGCCAGUACGUGGUGCUGUUCUUCUACCCCAUGGACUUCACGUUCGUCUGCCCGACGGAGAUCAUCGCGUUCUCCGAAGCCGUCAAGGAGUUCAAGAAGAUCAAGACCCAGCUGAUCGCCUGCUCGACCGACAGCCAGUACACGCACCUGGCGUGGACGCAGAUGCCGCGCAAGCUGGGCGGCCUCGGCGACGUCCACAUACCCAUCCUGGCCGACAAGUCGAUGAAGAUAGCGCGGGCGUACGGGAUACUGGACGAGAAGGCGGGCGUCACGUUCCGGGCGCUGUUCAUCAUCGACGGCAAGGGAUUCCUGCGGCAGGUGACGGUGAACGAUAUGAGCGUGGGGCGAUCGGUGGAGGAGACGCUGAGGCUGGUGAUGGCGUUCCAGUUCAACGAAGAGUACGGGGACGUGUGCCCGGUGAAUUGGAAACCCGGCGAGAAGACGAUCAAACCGGAGCCGGUCAAGAGCAAAGAGUUCUUCUCGACGAGGUACACAUAGGCGUGUUGGUGAUUACAUGUGGCGAGAAUUUAUGGUGCACUUUUUUUGUUACCCACUGUAUAGGGUGUUAAUUAAUAAGUGCGACAAACUUCUGGGGGUGAUUCUGCAUACACACCGUAUCUCCAAAAAAAAGCUUUUGCGAAAAUAUUUUUAUAGUA